GUUAGCAAACAGCCAUCUUCAUGGCUAAGAUGAUAACAUCCAUAACGCAAUAUGAGCCAGAUAUUAACGGACCAUGGUCUUCUUCCCCUUCCCUCCCUCCGUCUUAUCGUCCCCCCUCUGCAGCUCGUGUCGGCGGCUCUGUGGGAGAUAGUGAAGCAGGGAGCUGUGAUGUACUACGGUCUGCUGGAGGAGUUCGUUUCCACGGUGCUGGAAACGGUCCCUGAACUGCUCACGGACACAGAGAGAGUCCAGCUAGUUAUGGGUCUGCGUGCAAAGGUGGUGCUAGAGUUGUGCCUAAACGAUGAUUUUGCCAGCCCACAGGCCAUCCAGCCUCAUCUGAGCAGAAUAAACACCCAUAUUACAAACCAGGAUGGAGAGACCACCAGCUCUGAGGUUAAAGCUUCAGUGACAAACUUCCUGAAGCUUGUUCACACUCUAGUGAAAGAUCAAUGCCAGAGGGAUAUCUUUUAUCAGAAAGUCUACCCAACAGUGUUCGGCCCUCAAUAUGACUCAGCCCUACAGGCUCUAAUGAGAAAGUUCCUCUUCAAUCUGCAGAGGCUCCUCCCUGUUCCAAACCUUGAACAAACUUCCCUUUGGCUCAGUCUCUCCCCUUCCAUCUUGAAAGAAUGCGUAGACUUCAUGACUCAACCUGAACCCCUGAAUACACUUAUUCAGCAUCACAAACAUCAUGGCCACAAAGUUCCACGAGCCUUGUCCUCCUGCGCUGAUGAAUGCAUCCUCUCUAGCCUGUCCUAUCAUCUACCAAACAGUGACGACGGGGAAACACUUGGCAGUGACUCAACCAAGGAGAAAGAAGAAAACUGUGAGGAGAUAAAAUCUAAACCGAUGAGGAUUGUUGAAGGGGAGCAGCAUGUUGAUGAUCUGCCUGAAGACCGAGGAGCCUCUGUUGAAGUCAUACUCCCACCUUUUGAUGAAAGGGAUUCUAACGAUGGCGACCACAUGGACAAAAAGAUGUCCCGCCGUUUGAAAACUGGCGGUAGGACGUCCUCGAAGACCUUCAAGUGUCUUGUUUGUGGCCAGGAUUUUGGUUCCCCCAGCAAAUUAAAGAAGCACAAGAUCACCCAAAGCGGUUGCUCCACAAACACAAUGAGUCGGCCAGAUUCUGCGAGCCAAAGUAGCUUUUUUAAGAAGAUCAAUUUGCAUCCUAAACCAAAGGCCUGUGUCGAGAGUGAGCUUUCGUCACGGGCAAGUGCCGCAACACUUAAGAGUAGUCUCACAAACUACGAGCAGCUUCACGAUGACUCUAGUCUCGUUUGUCAUGUUUGCAGCAAGGUUUUCACUUACCCAAAGAAUUUUGACAAACACCAGAGGACUUGUGUGGUCAGUAGUAAACGACAAGCAGAACCUGCUGAUAUGACCAAAGAGUCUUUCCCUAUUGAAACUGAUAAUGUUGUACCUCAGGAAUCAAUAGCUUCUGUCUCCCCACAAGAGCAACCAUGUAAAAGAAGCAGUCGUGUCAAACAAUGCUCCACAUGCGGGAAAGUAUUUACUUGUUCUGCCGACCUGACGAGGCACAUGAGAUGCCACACCGAACAGAGUCCUUACCUCUGUACUUACUGUGGGAUAGAAUUUGACAGCUAUGAGGACUGCGAGACGCACCAGGAAGGAGCAUGCAGAGUUUCAAACCAGCGUUCUCGGGACAAUUCGUCGAGCAACUCCAGUAAAAGGAAUCAGGAGGAUGUCCCAACAAUCCCAGAUGCAUCGGCCAACUCGCAGGCUAAGUCUCCUCUGACAUGUCAGGAAUGUGGCCAGGGCUUUACAUACUACAAGAGCUUUGAGAAGCACCAGGGCAGAUGUUCCAAAGGGGCUCCUCGGAGGAAAAAGCAGAUAAACGCAAACCAUUUGGUCAUCAGCGCUUGCGAUUUCCCACCAGCCGACAACACCAAUGCUAAGGCAAGUAUCGAAACGGGGGGAAGCGACGAGGCAAAAACUCCCACCUCCUCAGACGGCACCCAGUCCAAAUCUGGCGCCAUCAAAUGCACCAUGUGUGAGAAGAACUUUCCAGAAAUCGUCCUCAUGAAAAGACACUAUUCCAAGUCGCAUAAAGUCAGAGGCUCGUACCCCUGUCCCGUGUGUAAGAGGACUUUCGUGAGGUUGUGCGAACUGGUUCGACACCAGCAAAACAAGAAGCUGUACCAGUGCGCCGCCUGCAAGAAGUGCUACACCAAGCCAGGACUACUGGACGAUCACGAGAAAGUACACACUGCCAGUGCGGCACCGCGCGCCUGCGAGACGUGCGGGAAAAGCUUCAAAUCUCUGGCUUAUCUGAUCCUGCACCAGAGCAAGCAUAGAGAGCGGCAGCCUAGCGUGUGUACAUACUGCGGGAAACAGUUCAGCACCAAAGACUGCCUGAGAGCGCACAUGGUGAGGCACACUGGCGGCUACCCGUGUCCCGUCUGCGGGAAGAAGUUCUACCAAAAGACGUACCUGAAGUGGCACCUGUACAAACACACGGGGCAGGAGCCGUACCUCUGCGACACGUGUGGGAAAGGCUGGCCGAGCGCGGCACAGCUCAAGAUGCACAUGGUACAGCACACGGAGGCACGGCCGUUCAAGUGCGAGGACUGCGGCAUUUGUUACAAGAGGGGGUCCCAUCUGAUGGCUCACCGCAGGGCCAAGCACAUCGGGCUGCGGCCGUUCGCGUGCGAGGUGUGCGGCAAAGCGUUCAGGUUAAACAACGAGCUGAGGAAACACAUGAUGGUUCACACGGGGGAGCGGCCGUUCACGUGUCCGAGGUGCGACAAGACAUUCACGAGAAAGUCCCGCCUGAGGGAGCACAGAGAAAAGGCGUGUGUGUGACGUCAUGUCGAAACUCUACCAGAACAUACAUCACAUGCGUGGACCACAACUUCUGUCAGCUAUGUCUCAAUGCUGUUUAUGUUUGAUUACUUUUUUUCUGGGAAUUGUUGUCAUUCACUGAGAAUAAAAAUGAUGGAGCUGAAACGUUUUG